UGUGUAUCAUCCGAUUGCAUCGUCCCGCGCGGGGCCCAGUGGCCUUUUAAUUAAAUUAAAAGUAGAAAUGGUAAGAGCGUGUUGUGUUCCUACUUGCCAUUCUAAGAAGAACGUUCCAUCACAUGUUUUCCCUAAAAGUACUAACCGUCGCAAGUUAUGGCUAGACGCUUUGCAUAUAAAAUCAUUGGACCUAGAAGUAGAAAAACUACGAGUGUGCCAUAAACAUUUUCGAGAAAACAAUUAUAGUUGUUCAGCAACGAGACGAAUUUUAAAAAGUGAUGCGAUUCCAUCAAUUAUGUUGGAUGAAAAUAUACAAGCAGAUUCAAAUAUUCCACAACAUAUAUAUCAGAAUAAUGAGGAAAUAGGAGAUGUUUGUCAAGAACACACAGUGGAAUUGGAGUUACAAGAACAAAGACAGCUUAUUUUUCAAGGUCAAAAUGAUCACAACAUAUUUGUUGAACAGCAACAAUUGAAGGAACAGCAACAAGAUUUAAUAUUGCAACAGCAUGAAGAACAGAUGCAACAACAACAACAAUUAUUAGUGCAACAACAACAAAAACUUGAUCAGUUAGAGGAGACAAUUACAAAGCAUCUUCAACAUAGUCCAAAAUCUUGUAGACCUGAUCUUGAAGAAAUAAGCAGACAAAAUUUGUUGACCCCAAAAGCCAAGAAAUUUUAUCAACGCACUGUACAACUGAAAACAAAGAACAGACGUCUAAAGAGACGUCUAAUGAAACAAAUUGCUUCCAAGUUGACAAUAAACAGAAAAACAAGUAAAAGAAUAGUUGCUAACACUGCAAGUGUACGAGAGCAAUUUGUUAAUAUGAUUGUGAGGAAUAGUAAUGUUGCACCACAGGUAUGAUUUUAAAAUCUAACAAUUCAUUUUUGAUCCAAUUCUUUCAUCAUAUCUAUAUUUUCUCAUUUUCAUUAAAAAUUAACAUAUAU